GAGCACACAUUGUUUUGAAAAUAAUGCCUUGGAAAUUUUAGUGCACUCCGGUGUAACAUACACAAAAUAAAAAAUGUUUUCAAUUGCUAAAAAAAUAUCUAUUUGUUCGCUAUCAGCUCGUGUAUUAUAUAAUAAUAGCCAAAAUAUCCUCCCUACAAUAGCAUGCAACUGGAUUGUGUCAACAAGAGAAAAAGGUUAUGGGCAUGGCAUUAGAAAAAUAAAAAAAUUUGACAAUUAUUGGGUUCCAAAGAAACGUAAGUUUACUGAUGAUAAGCUCACUAAAGAAAAUAAAGAUUUCUUACAAGAAGUAAUCAAUGACAAAUACCUAAAGCCAGGGGAAAGUCCUUUAAGAGAACAACCAAACACUGAUAGAGCUGAAUGGACUCCUGAAUCUGUAAGGGCUGGUCUAAUUGCUAGAAAAAUAGGAAUAUAUCCAAUGUGGACAAAAUCAGGGAAAAAAAUAUUGACAACUUUGUUACAGGUUGUCGAUAACCAUGUAAUUAGGUACAAUCCUCCUGAAAUAUUUUCUCAAUCAAAAUAUAGCAAGUCUAAUUUAAUGCCAUCUGAUACUAGAACUUAUGGAAGUUUGGUGGUUGGAGCCGAAAGUGCCGACCCUCAACUGUUUACUGCUGCUUACAAUGGUCUUUUUGCUGAAGCUGGGGUUAUGCCGAAAAAGAAAUUAACUCGUUUUCGUAUUACGCCUGAUGCUAAAAUAGAACCAGGCACUCCACUAUUCGCAAACCAUUUUAGAGUAGGAGAUUAUGUGAAUAUAAGAGGCAUAACAAAAUAUCAUGGCUUUCAAGGUGUUGUGAAGAGAUUUGGAUUUAAAGGUGGACGUGCAACUCAUGGUGUCACAAAAAGUCAUAGGAGACCUGGAUGUAUUGGUAGUGGUAGAAAAAGAGGUGUUUGGAAAGGGAAAAAAAUGCCAGGACUUAUGGGUGGACGAUAUCGAUUAGCUCGUGGACUUAAGAUUUGGCGAAUUAAUACUAAAUAUAAUGUAUUAUAUAUACAUGGACCAGCAGUGCCUGGUAUUAAUGGAAACUAUUGUACAAUCUACGAUUGCUAUAUUCCUAAAAAGAAUCAUAAAGAAGAUAACCCUCCACCCUUCCCAACAUUUUAUCCUGAAGAUGUUGAAGAGCCUUUGCCAGAAAAUAUUUAUGAUAAAGAUCUUCAUAACUUUUCAGAUCCAUCAAUAACAAUUGAAGAUGAAGAAGCUGAAUCUAAAGGAUAAUGUUUGUGUAGUGUAAAAUGUGUAUAGUUUGUAAUAAAAUUAUUAUAUAAAAUAA